GGGUUGGGAAUAUGUUGACCCCAUGACCUACUCAACAUCGUGCGUUCAUAUCCGCCAUUGGAAGUUCGACAAGUAUUUUAGUGACUUCCAUUCUUCUUUUUAACCUUUUUUUUUCUAGGGUUUUCACUUUUUCAUCACCCCAUUAAAAUUUCUCCUCCGCCCCUGGGAUUCGAUUCGCAGCUCCAUAGGCUACAUUCACCUCGAUUUGCUGCUCAAUUUUCUCGAUUGGUUUAAUUGUCCUGCUGCUGAUGCAAGGAGCUGCUGAGACUUGUUAGUUUCUCUUGAGGGAUAUAUAUUUAAUUAUUUGUGCAGUAAGAUGGAGGAUGGGGAGCUUGAAUUCUCUAAUCAGGAGAUGUUAUCCGGUUCGAAUUUCUGCGAAUUUCCAGACAGUAACUCCUAUAUGGAUAGCUUUUUGAAUGAAAUCCUCAAGGAUACUCAUGCAUGCACUCAUGCUCACACUUGCAACCCGCCUGGCCCUGAUAACUCCCACACCCACACUUGUUACCAUGUGCACACCAAAAUAGUACCUGCUCCUAGUGAAGAUAAGGCCCCCAGUGAUGAUACUGCAGAAUCUGUGGAUAAGAAAGAAAAGAAACGGCCUCUCGGCAAUCGGGAAGCUGUCCGCAAGUACAGGGAGAAGAAGAAGGCCAGGGCUGCAUUGUUAGAGGAUGAAGUUGUCAGGCUGAGGGCUCUAAAUCAGCAACUUUUGAAGAGGCUACAGGGGCAGGCAGUGCUCGAAGCUGAGGUUGCAAGGCUCAAGUGUUUGCUUGUGGAUAUAAGAGGAAGAAUUGAAGGUGAAAUUGGAUCCUUUCCGUAUGAGAAGCAGCAAGUCAAAAACAGAGAUGCAUAUCAGGAUCUUGUUAAUCCUCCUGCCCUUCCUGGAGGAGGAGGAGGAGGAGCAUAUGUUAUGAACCCUUGCAAUAUGCAAUGCAAUGAUCCCCUUUAUUGCCUCCAACCUGGUUCAGAAGGUGGUGGUGUGAGUUCAGAGGGAACUACAUUGAACAACCAAGGAUUAUUCAAUAAUUGUGAUUUUGAGAGUCUGCAAUGUUUGGGUAAUCAGACUUCUUCUGGAUUCAAAGAGCUUCCUGGGUGUGGUGUAGGCAACAGUAAGCCUGCCAAUGUUUCUGGUGGGAGUAAGAAAAAAAGAGCAGCGCGUGCAGCUACAGCUAGUUGAAGAAGAACUCUUCAGGAGGAGGCAUCAUCUUCAGUGUAGACAACAAGUGUGAUGUCUGUUAUCAUACCUCCCCCUCCCUCCCAGAAUUUGAUUUUGUUGGGAUUUAGGGAUAGCAGCUCAGGCUCUUUAUUUUAUUAUUAUUAGCUCAAUAACACCUUAGUGGAUGAGAUGCAGUCCAUGGAUAUUAAGUCUUACUUAACAACAAUGUUAUGUAAAGCAUAAAACUUGAGCAGGGUGUCAUGCAGCUGACACAGCUUAUGAAGAGGAAACCAACAUCUCGGUUGCCUAAUGAAGCUCUGGAGCUGUUUUGCUCUCAAAUAACAUAUGUUCAUUCUUUAUGUUAUUUUAGCCCCCAAACUAGGUUUCUUGUUGAAAAUGAGACAUUACUGUUUUGUAAUGCGGAGGAUUUAAAGUUCAGUUCCCAGCAAUGCAAUCAGAUAUAUGACAAACACCUUCGUCAA